ACCAGGCGAACCUGGGCAAAUGCUUGCCCCAUACUGCCGAUGGGAAGCAGGCAGCACCACCGUUACCAUCCCCCACAUUAUUAUUGUCCUUUUGGGUUUUCAGCACAUCCACAAGUUCCUCAAUGAUACCUGGCUGAGCCGUUACCAGACCAAGCUGAGUCCCAGCGUGCUGACUCUCCUCUGGUCCACCAUUGCUUCCAUUUUUUCCCUAGGCGGGUUCUUUGGGGCUCACCUUGGGGGCGUCAUGGCUGGUCUGCUGGGCAGGAAAGGAGCUCUGCUGAUGAACAACCUCCUUGCCCUCUUUGCUGCCACCCUGAUGGGGGCCAGCUUCCCAACGGGGCUCUUUGAACUGCUGAUCGUUGGGAGAUUUCUGAUCGGAAUGAAUUCAGGCAUUGGGCUGUGUGUGCAGCCUCUCUAUAUAGGUGAAGCUGCCCCUAGGCGCCUUCGAGGGGCCAUGGCAAUGGGCAGUUCCAUCUUCCUGACAGGAGGCAUUUUGACAGGGCAAGUGAUGGGUCUAAGGGAGCUGCUGGGGGGAGAGGAGCGCUGGCCCUUCCUGCUCUCAAGCUGUGGCCUGCCUGCCAUAAUCCAACUCCUGAGCCUUCCCUGGUUUCCAGAGAGUCCCCGUUUCACAUUGCUAGACCGGGGGGACGAGGCCAAAGGCGUGAAAGCACUGAAGCGUCUCCACGGCCCUCUGCGCUACCACAAGGAGCUGGAGGACAUCCAGAGAGAGAACUUUGCCCUCGGAGGGGAGAAGACAAGGAAGCCCUGGGAGCUGUUUGCCGACCGCAGCAUCCGCUGGCAGCUGAUUGCAGUCAUCUGCCUGACCAUGGGCCAGCAGCUCAGUGGGAUCAACGCAAUUUACUUUUAUGCCAGUUACGUCUUUGCAGAGACAGGGAUUUCCCCCGAGAAGAUCCCCUAUGUAACUUUAGGUACAGGGAUGUGUGAAUGCCUCACUGCCCUCACCUGUGUCUUGCUAGUUGAAUCCUUGGGGAGAAGAGCUUUGAUCCUGGGAGGCUACUGCCUUAUGAUGCUUUGGUGCGUCAUCCUGACCAUCUCCCUGACCUUCCAGGUGUAUGCAUGGGCGCCAUACCUGAGCAUGGCUUGCAUAUUUGCCUUCAUCUUGAGCUUUGGCCUGGGACCAGGUGGCGUGACGAACAUUUUGACGACUGAAUUGUUCAUGCAGUCCUCACGCCCUGCCGCGUACACCAUUGCAGGAUCAGUGAGCUGGCUAAGCUUCUUCACUGUUGGCAUGCUCUUCCCCUUUGUUGUGAAAGGCCUGAAGCACUACUGCUUCGUUGUGUUUUUGCUAGAAUGCAGCGCAGUGGCCACUUUCAUUUUCUGUGUUAUUCCCGAGACAAAGAACAAAACCUUUCUAGAAAUUAAGAGGGAAUUUCACAAGCUCAACUUCAGGAGAGUCAAAGAGCCGGAUGAAGAAUUGCAUGAGAGACAACGGUUUUGCCUAGAGGUCUAGGAGCUGGUUUAGAGUUGGGCAAUCAAGAUGCCACCCCAAGAGGCUCUCCGACGGCUGGGUCCAGAGGAGUUGCACCUCUCUGAGCCCGCCAGCUACCCAGGCAGACCCUGGCGGAAGGCAGGGGGGUCUGUGCAUCGAGCAUAUCCCUCCCCCCCGCCUUCUAGAGAGCAGGGCCUGCUCAAUAAAGGGCUGCUUUUCAUAUGCCUCCUGUCUUCACAUUGAGAACAUAGCUGAGCCGUGCUAAGCCGACAUGGCAGUUAGCCUCCAAAAUACCAUUCACCAAUCAGGUUUGUUGCACACCGUAGGAACAUUGGAGAGAAAAUCAAGAGGGAGAGGCUCACCUCGGAGAAUACAUGUUAGGGAAAUAGCACUCCACAUAUAAUAUGCUGUUUAUAAUAUGGGAAGCUCUUGGAUAGUUCUCUGGGCAUAAUUAAAUCUCACAGUAUUUUAAUUAGAAAAUUGUGAAGGAAACAGAGACUUUUAAAAUACGUACAACGUGGAAAAAUUAACAGUUGUGAGACCCCCCAACAGGAGGGGGGCCCCACAUCUUGCUUGAGCGAAGCCAAUCUUCAGCCCCGGUGUGGCUUCAGGGCUCGGGUCGUUCAAAUGGCAUUCAGGGGACACUUGAGAAACUUUCCUGAACAGUUUUAGCCCUUUUAUUCCCUGCAACCCCUGUGAAUCCACCC